UUUCCAUAAUUACAAAUAAUCUGAUUCAAUAUUUAUUCUAUUUUUGCUUUUAAAAUAAGUAACUUUUCAUAAACUGGCAGAUGUCGUGGGUGAGAUACGCUCUGUCCAAGGGUCCGAUCUCCGGAACGAUGCAGCAACAACCAGAGUGGUGGUCCGCCUCUUAAUCGAACCAGAUGUGACUGUCUACUUAUCUCUGUGGGAUGAGGCUGCAUCGACCUUCAGGGGUCUCUUGAAAGCAGGCGAUAAGACCAAGUCUGUGAUGUUGGUGACCACGGUUAAUCCUAAACUAUUUGGAGGUAACAUGUACUUGAACUCCACACCAGGGACUCGCUUCUUUUUCGACACCAACCUCCCUGACAUAGCAGAGUUUGUCAGCAGGGUUGGAGGUGAAUCAUCCAAAGUGUUUCCUCUUGUCGACACUCUCCAAGGAAUUAAGAAGAAGGAGCUUGUCUCAAUAGCAGAUCUCAACACUUUCAUCUCCAACUCCAAUGAGCAGACUCAGGAGGCUGAUUUCUUCUGCAAAGCACGGAUUGUUGGUGUCGUCCAUGAGAAUGGGUGGUCCUUUGUGGCAUGCACUGGCUGCAACAGAAAAUUGGAGAGGAUUGGAACUUCACUGAGCUGCAACAGAUGUGUAACUGAUGCCGUUACCGGUGUUGUCAGAUUCCGUGUUGAGCUUGCUGUUGAUGAUGGCAACGAUAGCGCCACAUUUGUCUUCUUUGAUAAGGAGAUGACAAAACUUACCAAGCAAGAUGCUGCUGUCCUCGCCCUCGAUGAGGCUGCAAACGGCGGAGAGAAGAACAUCCCAAUCUGUCUUGAAGAGCUAACUGAUAAGGAGUUUGUGUUCCAGAUCCGUGUGACACCUUUCAACUUCACACCAAACUACCGUACUUUCACUGUUUCCACUAUAACUGAAGAUAUCAUCUCGCUGACCCAUGGCAAGGAGGAAGAUGAGAACAUUCUUCGAAGCAAUGAAGGUGACAGCGGGUUGAAAGUGUUGAGAUGAGGUGAUGAGGAGUGG